AUGGCGAAUGUUGAUGAACUCUUAUCUUCCAUAUUCUCAGAUAUAAGCACCUACACCGGCAAAGACCCUCUUCUUCCCUGGCUUCGAGGAAUAAAAAAGUUGAAGGAUAAUCUUCCCUCAAAAACCCUCAAGGAAAAACUCCCAGAAUUCUUGCAGAAAUGCGCACAAACAUUCGAGCUUGAUCGACGUUACAAAAACGACUUACGCUAUAUACGUGUUUGGCUCCAAUUGAUGGAUUUUGUUGAUGACCCGAGCGCGUUACUGAGAACCAUGGGUGUUAAUUAUAUUGGAAUAAAACGUUGUCAAUUCUAUCAAGCAUAUGCUCUUUACUAUGAGAAGAAUAAGAAGUAUGAUGAAGCAGAAAAAAUGUACCAUUUGGGAGCUAAGAACCUUGCAGAGCCCGUGGAUGAAAUGCAGAAAUCUUAUGAACAAUUUCUUCAACGCAUGAAGCAUAAGAAGAAAAUUAAGGAAAUGAAACGUUCUGAUAGACAUGUAAAGGCUAAAAAUGAUGAGAACAAGAGAUUUCGUGGUGAUCAUACAGUUGUUGUCAACAAGUUUGUUGACACUGCCAUGGAUGGAAAGUCUGAGGCAGAAAAUGCAUGUCAUAAUGGACUAGUUGAUCCUACGAUAAACAUGAAGGAGGCAAUGAAUGCCAUUAACAGCAUGUUCAGUGAGCCACUGGAGACUGUUCCUUUGGCAAGGAAAUCACAUAAAAACGUAUCGAAAGAAAACCGCAGUACAAAGAACAACUUUGAAGUUUUUGUUGACGAAAACUUAGACAAUGGAAUCAAACCAACUGGUUCCUUAUUGGAUCAACAAAGGACUGAAGCUGGCAAGCCUCAUCAAGAAUCAUUCCAGAUAUAUAUUGAUGAUGAAGGGCAUUCUGAAGGUUCUACUUCAUCAGCUUCAAAAGUAAAUGGCUCUGUUUUCCCCCAGCCUAAGGACGUUCCUUCUGAAAAAUCUAGUGAUAUGGAUGCACAAAGAUCUCGGAAUUCAAAGUUUAGAGAGGAUACAGUUACAGUUGUUCGCAGAUUUGUUGGUUCUGCCAUUUUGGAUGAACCAAAGGUGGAAAAUGUUUGUCACAAUGGUUUAGUAGACCCCACAGUCAACAUGAAGGAAGCAAUGAAUGACAUAAAUAACAUGUUUGGGGAACCAAUUGAUUUUGUCAGGAGAAAAAGAUCAAUGAAGGAGGAGAAGGCACCGGUGAACAACAGCGGAAAGGAACUCUGCGGGUUUUCAAUCCUUGCUGAUGAUGACGACGACCUUGAGCAGAAACCACAUCCUCCACUACCAAAAUCGCCACGGAAGUCAAAGGAAUCUGGUCUGUUUGAGCCAACUCUCCACACAAAGGAAGCCAUGGAUGACAUUAACAAGAUGUUUAAUAUGCCUUUGAAUAUGUAG